GCGUUUAUAUAUACGGCCCUGGUUUAUAUCACAAGAGGUAUUUUAUGAUAUUUUUGGUAACAUUUUUCAGAGGACCUUUCGAAGCUAAUAUCGCCCAAGCUCUCCUCAAUUUGUUCCACUAAAAGAGGAAAAGGAUUGACAUAUACCGACAUUUUUAAGGUGACCACCUUACCAGCGCCGCCGGUGCCGCUGCCGCUCGGCCGCUAUGGAUGUGGCCAUCCGCAACAUCCGUGGUAACCUGGAGCGGCUGUUCGACAAGAACCUCACCGACCUGGUGCGGGGAAUACGCAACAAUAAGGACAAUGAGGCCAAAUACAUCGCCCAGUGUAUUGAGGAGAUCAAGCAGGAACUGCGUCAGGACAAUAUGGCCGUCAAGGUCAACGCCGUGCAGAAACUCACCUACAUCCAGAUGUUGGGCUACGACAUCAGUUGGGCCAGCUUCAACAUCGUGGAGGUGAUGAGCUCGCCAAAGUUCACCUACAAGCGGGUCGGCUACCUGGCGGCGUCCCAGUCGUUCCACCCCGACACUGAGGUUCUGAUGCUGACCACCAACAUGAUCCGUAAGGACCUCAACAGUCAGACCCAGUACGACUCAGCCGUGGCGCUCACCAGUCUGUCCUGCUUCAUAUCGACCGACCUGGCGCGGGACCUGGCCAACGACGUCAUGACGCUGCUGUCUUCCACGAAGCCUUACCUGCGGAAGAAGGCGGUGUUGCUCAUGUACAAGAUCUUCCUCAAGUUCCCGGAGGCCCUGAGGCCAGCGUUCCCCCGGCUAAAGGACAAGCUCGACGAUCCGGAUCCGGGUGUACAGAGUGCGGCCGUGAACGUCAUCUGCGAGCUGGCCAGGAAGAACCCGCAGAACUACCUGGGCCUGGCGCCCGUCUUCUUCAAGCUGAUGACCUCGUCCACCAACAACUGGAUGCUCAUCAAGAUCAUCAAGCUGUUCGGAGCUCUAACGACGCUGGAGCCGCGUCUGGGUCGGAAGCUGAUCGAGCCGCUGACUAACCUCAUACACAGUACAUCAGCCAUGUCGCUGCUGUACGAGUGUAUCAACACGGUGAUUGCCGUACUCAUCUCCAUCUCGUCCGGCAUGCCGAGCCACAACGCGUCCAUCCAGCUCUGCGUCCAGAAGCUGCGCAUCCUCAUCGAGGACUCUGACCAGAACCUCAAGUACCUGGGCCUGCUGGCCAUGGGGAAAAUCCUGCAGAGCCACCCCAAGUCCGUCACCGUGCACAAGGACCUCAUCAUGCAGUGUCUGGAUGACAAGGACGAAUCGAUCCGGCUCCGAGCGCUGGACCUGCUGUACGGCAUGGUCUCCAAGAAGAACCUGAUGGAGAUCGUGAAGAAGCUGAUGGUGCACAUGGACCGAGCGGAGGGCAGCACCUACAGGGACGAGCUGCUGUCCAAGCUUAUCUUCAUCUGCAGUCAGAACAACUAUCAGUUCGUCACCAACUUUGAAUGGUACCUGAGCGUGCUGGUGGAGCUGACGCGGAUCGAGGGCUCCCAGCACGGCCCGCUGGUAGCCGCACAGAUGAUGGACGUCACAGUGAGAGUGGUGGCCAUCCGACACUUUGCCGUCGCUCAGAUGGCCCUGCUGCUCGACAACGCACACGUCCUGGCCACGGCCGCGCACAAAAACACCAUGCUGGAGGUUUUGUACGCGGCCGCGUGGAUCUGCGGUGAGUUCGCCGAGUACCUGCCCAACAUCCGCGCCACCGUGGAGGCGAUGCUGCGCACCCGCACGGCCAGCCUGCCGCCGCACAUCCUAGCAGUGUACGUUCAGAACGUGCUGAAGCUGUACGCGAGGAUGUUAGCGCGUGCCGAGCAGAGCGAGCAGCCGGAGGACGUGGAUGGCGCCAUGGUGGAGGUCAACCAGGUGGCUGAGCUGAUGAUCGAGACGCUGCCGACGUUCGCCUCGUCUGCCGAUCUGGAGGUACAGGAGCGCGCCACCUCUGCCCUCCAGCUAAUGAAGACGGUCCAAAAGCUGCAGUCUCGCGGCGAGAGGCUGGGCGCCGAGCUGCAGCAGCUCUUCAGCGGAGAGCUCAACCCCGUGGCGCCCAAAGCUCAGAAGAAGGUCCCGGUACCAGAGGGACUCAACCUAGACGAAUGGAUUAACGAGCCUUCGGACGAAUCCGCCGACGAACUGGAGACCGCCGACUACGGCGUGGAGGUGUUCGUGAAGGCCGAGAACCGGGGAGCGGGACCGGCGGCGCAUACCGAGAAACGCUACCAGCCGACCGCCGAGGAACUCAGAAAGAGUCGCGAGGCGCGGGCGCACGAGCAGGCGCACAACCCGCACUACCUGAAGGGCUCGCUGCAGUCCAGCGGCGCCAACUACGGCGGCGCCGGCGGCUCGGCAACUGCCGGGGAGAUGGGAGAUGUGCCCGUUCAGCAGCUCGACAUCAACGUUCCGCUCCGGAUCGGCGGUCUGGCGAGCUCGGACGACUACCUCAAAAUGCAGAACCGGUCAUACAAGUCCAGUAAAAAGAACAAGAAAAAGAAGAAGAAGAAGGGCGAGCCGAAGUCGUCCUCUGACGAGGACGCCGUGCCGGUGGUGCACGAGGUCAGCGUGGGCGGGGAGAUGCCCGAGGGUGCGCGCUCCUCUGAGGACGAGAAGGACACCCGGCCGGCCGACGAUCCGCACCGGGCGCUGGACAUCAAUCUGGAUGAGCCGCUGGCGCCGGACGAAGUGUUGCCGGUGAGGUCACACCGUCAGCCGGGACGGGCGCCGCCGCCGGCACAGCUGGCCGACACCAGGCCAGAGGCGCGGCCCAAGAAGAAGAAAAAGAAGGACAAGGACGAGAAGAAGCGGAAACACAAGAAGGACAAGGCCGACCGGGAGACGGCGGAAGGCGGACAGGCGGAGGCGGGGACCGAGCAGCCGGCGGCGGAGACCGCGGCGGCACCGGCCAACGGCAAAAACCCGCAGGACGACAUCGAGUUUUGGCUGAGUGAUAUGCCGGCAUCCACCCCGGCGGAAGGAGCAGCAGACUCGGCCGCCCCCGCCACCAGCAACGCCGAGCUGCUAGCGCCGUCCGAUCCAAAACCCGCCGCCCCCGCCCCCGCCCCGGCCGAGACGGCGCCCACCGCCAAUGGAGAGGCCACGCCUCCCGAGACCAACGGAGAGGCCAAGCAGAAAAAACACAAGUCGGCCAAGAAGAGCAAGAAGAGUAAAAAGGAGAAGUCUGGCCGCCUGCUGGGGUACGAGGAGGCGGCCGGCAUAUCGACCCCCAGCCACGAGGUGCUGCUGCCCGGACUGGGAGAGGAUGUGUCAGAGUCGCGGCUCCGGCCGCUAGCCGAAAACGAACACCUCAAACUGAUGUACGAGCCUCGCGCCGGUGCGGCGGACAGCGGGGAGGUGUCGGUGGCCGUGGCAGUCACCAACCGUGGCAGGGACGACCUGACGGACGUGCUGCUCGAGCUGACGCCCAAAGACGGCGUCACACUCGUACAGGAGCUGGAGUCGCUGUCGCUGCCGGCCGGCGCCUCCGAGGAAGUAUCGCUCCGGCUCCGGCUGGAUGAGGUCAGCGUGCCUCUCAAACUGGCCGCCAGCAUCACAUCAAAAACAACGUCGGGCGACAGUGACCGGCUGGCGUUCAAGCUCCGGCUCCCGGUCACCUCGCUCCUGAUUGGUCAGCUCGACGACAAACAGCUGUUUGCCGACCUGCUGUCGGGCGAUCAGCUGACUGCGCGGGCCACCUGCGUCGUGUCAGAGGUCACGGACGACUUUAAUCAGGUGUUGCACAAGGUAGCGUUCUGGGGCCGUCACACGGUGGUGGAGCAAAUCGACACCACGGCCAGCCUCUACAGCCGCUCCGUGCAGGGCGACCACAUCUGCCUGCUGCUCAAACAACUGGCGGCUGGUCGUCUGGGCAUUGACGGCAAGGGAACCAACCAGCAGCUGCUGGCUAACGUCGUGGACGAACUGCGGGCCAUAGUGUGCUCCUAACUGGAACUGGAACCCUGACCGGUCAGCGGUGACGUCACCAGGUCGUCCUGUGACGUCAUCUGCCCGGAGUGUGGCAUCAUCAGGUACGGCAAAAUGAUGGAAGGACCCGCGACGCUGGGGACACAGGAAAGAGCCAACUGCUCUGUCCGCGGGCCUAGGCUAACCCGAUGUCAUCAGGCCUUGAAAGGGUGCUACUGACGUCACCAAGUGUCCCCCUGACGUUACUGCACCUUGGAGUGACGUCACUGACGCCGUGACUGAUAUCCGGGGCCGGCGUGUGAUGGCGUCCCAUCAGAGGCGGUAGGUCAGCCGGUCCAGUAAGAGGCACAGAUCUGUGGGCUGGGCUGCGGCGGCCGGCGCGGUGGUCCAGGGUAGUGUGUGAGAUUAGGGGGUCCGGCCGGCCCCACCCAGUGAACGAGAGACCCGCGCCGCCCGACCGGACACGAAGGGCGAGUCUUACAGAACGGCUCCGCCGAGAGACGGCUAGCGGGGUCGGGCCGGGCCGGGUCGGCAGUGCUAACAUUCGUGAUACACCGCGCGCAUGUGGGCUGUUGGGCGGAGCUGCCGAAAACGUGCUGCUCCGAGGCGACAAUACCGAUCUGGUGGACGUGCGCGCCGCUGUUGGGCAUGAUAACCGCUGGUUUCUGACUGUGUGUGAGUGUGUGGUGCUCCGUGCGCGUGCGGUGGGCGGCCUCCGGCAUCACAGCUGCAUUCCACCGCUGGUAUCCGAACCUGUACAUAGCCGGGAGCUUUUAUAUUUAAACGGGCGUGCGCGGCGGUGGGUGGCCGCCCUGUUCUCGGUUGCGGGAUUGUAUUGUGAUGGGUGUUACCGCCUGCUUCUGCUGUUGGCAGCCCGCGCAGGGCCGCCGGCCGGCAGUGUGCGCCUGUUAUAACCGGCCGGUGUAUUUUGGGGGCGGGCCGGGAUAGAGCGUAGCGAAUCAUCUAUUUUGUUCCCGCCUUUGUAAAGUCUAUUGUAUACCAGGUAUAUCAUUAAUCGGAAAUACACUAUUCUGACUAGG